AUGGGAUUGAGUAAACUGUGGUCGUUUGGCAAGUCCAAGAAGUCCAAGCAGACGACUCCCGGCGACAAGAACAAGGGAACUUUCACGGUCAACAGCUUUGAGAGAACCACUCCAGUUCAGCAGCAACAGCAGAACCUCCAAUAUGUGCGGGAUCAACAAAACCUGCAAACUCACCACAAGGCCGACUCGCUUCCACCACAACGGUCACAAGAGCCCCAAGGGCCACAGGGAUUGACUCCCCCCCCUGCUCAGUUCAGCAGAGAGAAUUCGGCUUCGCCCUCGAGGAAAUCACGGCCCGGAUCCACGAUUGACUCCAAGAGAAUUUCGUCGGUCCCCACGUCUUUUCUUCGUCAGUCGACUGUGUUGCCUGCUAGAGGCCAAGGUGGGAACUAUUACCACUCCAGCAGUCCGUCGCAGUCUUCUAGCGGGAGGGGCGGAUUGGCUCUGACAAAAGGAGUCAAUGCCGCUUUGGUCUCGAACCCUGAUGUUCCUGCCGAAUUGGUGCCCAUAAUCACUCUUAUACACGCACAGCAGGCUAGGAUAUAUGCAGAGACGUAUCUACAAAUUCCAUGUGAGGACGAGGUGGACGGAUCCAAGAGUUGGAUGGUUGUUACGGCCAAACUCAGUGGAACCGAGCUAACCAUCUGGGAAGUUGAUGAAGAGAGACCAAACGAGGUGGUGUCGGAUGUGGAUGGCUCCUUCAAACCUAUCUACAUUAACAUUGUGGAUGCCAACUUCUCGUACAUGCCCACUCCGCAGGACCCAUCUGGCGAGAGUUUCUUUGAUCUUGCAAUUCAUCUGACAACCACAAAGAGCUAUCUGUUUAGGUUCGGAAGCGCCGACGAUUUGCAUUACUUCUACUCUGCUCUGUUGUUGUCGCAGUUUGAGUACAGACAACUACAGGAAAGUUUCACAGGGGCUCUGUUCUCUGUGAAAGCCGUCCACUUCUCCGACGUGAGAACCCUGCUGGAUCCUUCUAACAGAUUCGUGAAGAGUGACUGGUGUAUCAUCAGAUUUCCAUUUCUCAACAACAAGUGGAUCCGGUGCUACGUGAGCAUCAUUCCCGGAGACAAAGUAUCCACCAAGAAGUCCAAGAUCGGCAAAGAGUCAAAAUCCAAGCCAGGAAAGGUUGAAAUAUACACACAGAAAACCAACAACAAGAAGUUCCUGCUGGCCUCAGUUGUGAACGCCAAGUCAUGUUUCUCGGUGUAUCCGGAAAACCCAUCUUUCAUCAAUAACAAUUCUCUGAUAAGGUUGAGCGGCGAUUGCUUUGUCAACGAGACCUUAUUGAGUGAAUUGAUUAGUGCCAAAAAUCCAGAAAACCUUGGAGGUGAGAGAAGCAGGUCUUCCUCUAUGGGUCAAAGACUCACCAGCAAGGGCUCUUCGUCCUCCUUGAGAAUGUUCAAUGCUUCCGGUGUUACCAGUCCAAAUGCAAACUCGAAUGUAAACGCAACUGCAAACGCUCAUUCACGUUCCUCUUCUCUGAAUAAGUCAAGAUUAACCAACAGAAUGCGGUCUCCGUCGAUGGCAUCGCUGGAUUCUUCAAACUCAUCCUUCAGUUUGACCAAGAAGUCAAAGCAUAAGAAUCUGAACGUCUUGAACACCCACCUUUGCUAUAUCAUACCCGAGUCACACUCAGGUGUUCCACCUGUGGAAACUAUGAUCAGAAACCUGAUUCCAAUGAUGAACGUUUUCAGAUUGUAUGGGCGUCCUUUGAAGUUCAUCUCCGACAAAUCGGAGAGGACCUCCAUGCUCUUUGGUUUGCCACAGCUUCCACACACUCAAUAUUUGGAUGCCGAAAAUGCUUACAAGCUUUUGGAUCUGAACAUCGGCAAUUCUGUGGCCGAAGACUGGAACAAUUUUGACUGGAUGCAGGUCUUCAAAGAAAUGGUUGUUUUCAAGCUUAGCAAAGGCUGGUCUGGUACCGGAUCCGUGUUCGACACCUUCAGAGAUGGAUUAUUAUAUUCCAAGGAAAGACAAGAGGAGGAAGACUACUACAAUGCUGAAGAUGUGAAGCUCGAGUUUGUUAGUUUCAAGGAUACUGAGAGUGACGCUGGUCCUUCAAGUCCAACCUCUCCCUUACGAACAUCGUUGUCUCGCCCCAAUUCUCCAUUUGGGCUUCCAAACUCACCCACAAUUCCUUCCAAUUUGGCCACUGCGAGAGUGCUGCAACCUUCGACUGAUGAAUACAACUCGCUCUCACCCGCCUUCCAUGGCGACCAUUCUGGUUUGUACAACUUAGAUGACAGUGGCUCAUGGCCUAGUCCUAAAGCUGCCACAGCCACAGCAGAGUCUUCUCCUACAAUCAACUCUGAUGAUUCAGAGAGCAGUUAUUCGUCUGCACGUGAUGUAGGUUCGAAAGAAGCACCUGUUUCUGCCCGCCAAACUUACAAAUCGCUUCUUCAACCUUUCCGAGAGCCAGCAAUCACGAGGCCGAUCUCAAACGAAAGCUUGAGAAAGAAGCAGAUAUCGUUAGUGGUACAGGCAGCCCGUGAUGAAGACAGCGAACAAAACAUUUAUCAAGUCGAGGGGGUCAAAUCGUAG